AUGACAGCCGAUACUAGAAAUCCUACCUUUCAGAGCACAACUUCUUCGUCCAUCAUUGAUUAUAUCUACGCUACACCUGAUCUGCACGUUUCUCUCAUCAACUCUACAGUGGAUUUUGUGUCUCAAGAGUGGACGAAUCACUUACUGUUGGCUACUAAGUUUAAAUUCACUUCUCGCACCCAUGGCAAAGGUGUCCAGCGUAUAAAUCCUCACCUGGCACAAAGCCCUUUCUCUGCCUCAUCCUUGAACAAAGCUUUGGACAAGCUACUAGCACUAUACACCAGAAUGCUUCUUUCUCUCAGUUAAUUUGGGGAGCCAUUAAAUCCAAAGUGCGACAAGUUGCAUUC